UUUUGUUACUAAAUAUGAGGAUGUUAUGAUACUAGAACAUACUUUUAAUAUGGGUUAUACUGAAGAUAUAUGAUCAAAUACAAGUAAAGUGGAAUGAAAUCGUGUUUGUGAGAAUGCCCCGCUUCUGGUUUUGGGUGAGACUUCUUGGUCUUGCGGCUCUGGUUUAUACACUACGAUGGUUGAUAUUCGAUACGAAACGUGUUGACAAGUAUGGAGGCUUUCCGAGGUAUAUGAGGGAGGACCACCAUAGAUUUGACCAAUUCUGUUUAAGCAAAACAAAAGAUGAUACUUUCGUGGAAAUUGAAUCGAAUAGAAGACAAAUAGAUAAACCGGAAGCACGUCAUAUUGUAUUUCUGAAGGUUCACAAGGCAGCUAGUUCUACAGUUCAAAAUAUCUUUUUACGGUUUGGUGCUAUAAGAGAUCUCGUAUUUAUGCUACCAAAGAGUAACAGCAAUGUGAUUAGUCUGACUAAUUCUGUAUCCGAGCAAAAUGUUCUGCGUUCUCCAACCGGGAAAGUGUAUGACAUACUUUGUUGUCACGUGAUUUAUAACAAAUCUGCAAUGCAGACUUUUAUGCCCAAGGAUACAGUUUACGUAGGUAUAGUCCGACAUCCCUUUGAACAAUUUCUCUCCACUAUCAACUACUUUCGCCCAGUGGAAUUUUUCAACAUUGCAGGACCUCAUAAGGCGAAAACAUUCUUGCGUAAUCCAACAAAAUACGUUUCCAGAGCUGGCAUAGGGAAUUUCCUGGACAAUAGAAUGGCUUAUGAGUUUAACUUUCCGCGCACGUUAUUUAUCGAUAGAACUGAAGAUGAAAUACAAACAUAUCUAAGGAAACUCGAUCAGGAAUUUACCAUUGUGUUAGUAGCAGAUUACCUGGACGAAUCUAUCAUUCUGAUGCGAAGACUACUAGGCUGGAAGUUAAAGGAUAUACUACAUGGACGUGUUAAUACGGGAAAACGCCGGUCCGCAAAAGUACCAAAGAUGGAAACGAUCACCAAAGAACUUCAUAAGCAUUGGGCUGAAUUGGACUAUGCUUUAUAUGACUACUUUUCCAAACGUCUUUUCGACAGAAUAAAACUAGAAGGGCCAGGGUUUCAAAGCGAGCUGCUUUAUUUCAAACGGGUCCAAAGAGAUGUACAGUCAUUUUGUUUCAACACUUACAUUUAUAAUAUAAAUGUACGAGAAAGUAUUGCAAUUAAUAAGUCACCGUGGAACGAACGAUUUGAAAUAACAAGUCUUGACUGUAUAUAUAUGAAUAUUAAUGAGAACAUUUUCAUUCAAGAAGUACGUCAUCGACAAUAUUUACGCCAAUCACUUACAAAUUCGACCGUUUGAAUUUUUUCUCCUAUCUGAAGAGAUAUUAACAGUAUGUGAAUAAGAUCGAAUGAUGAGGAUUUACCUCCUAGUUCCAGUUAUAAUCAAGCACGGGGACAACCAUUGGGUAAACAGAUCUAAAUGAUUUAGAUUGAUUGGUGGGGCAUUCCGUCCUUGUUUUCGUAAAAACAAAGCCCUGGACAAAUGAAUAUGUAAUUGAGUAAAAAACGGAAAAAAUUGUGUCAUACUUAUGUAUUAUGAACAAAACACUCUUGGGUCUGAAUCGCUCACCUGGUAUUAAUCUCACAAGUGUAAUAUUAAAAAUGGACUAAAAUAC